ACGCAAUUCCACACUCACAAACGAAGAUAGGAGCAUUUCGGACAAGAAUCAAAUGGAAUCCACAACCGCAAUAACGACCACAAGCCAACUCAUCCAGUAUCUUGACUCAAAGAAGAUCGCCUAUCAACAUGUUUCGCAAAUUUCUGGAGGGUCGUCUAACUUCCUUUGGCGUAUGACUACGCUCUCCGGAGAGGACAAGAUCGUCAAGCAUGCCGAGCCCUUCCUAGCUGGAAGGCCUGCCACGCCCUUUCCACUGUACAGAAUGGGUCUGGAAGUACAUGCUCUAGAUAUUAUUCCUCGGUUAUUGGCUUCUGGGGGCCAGAAAGACGCCAUAAUUCGGCUGCCAACUUUGACUUCUUAUGACAAAGAUUCUCAUGUCCUGAUUUUAGAUGACAUGGGUCGGGACUCCUUACAUACUGUCUAUGAAGAUCCUGGUUUGGAUAUCGAGAUGAUUGGGGAGGCUGUUGGGCGAUGGCUAGCCCGACUCCAUAACUCAACAACUUCAGAGGAAAUUAAGCGCAAGUUUGAACACCCUACAGCGAGGAGAAUGUACAGGUGGAAUUUCAAUAAUCUCUCUAGCGUCCUGGAGAGGUAUGGUUACGAUCCAGCCCCCGGCGAGCGCCUGAAUAUCAAGUAUGGAGCUCUUUUGGAGACAGAUGAGCUAUGUGUCUGCCAUGGGGAUCUUUGGCCGGGGAAUAUUCUCGUCUCUGGCAUUGCCCACCAAACUCUAGCGGAGAGUCUCCGACUCACCGUAAUAGACUGGGAAGUGGCGCGCCUUGGCAAUGGAGUUACGGAUGUUGCGCAUUUCGCUGGAGAGGCAUGGCUUCUAGAUCAUCUUCGUGGCGGUCGGGGGCUUAUGCCGGCGUUUCUACAUGCAUAUCUGACAGAAAGACCGUUGAGUGAUCAAGAGAAGCAAAGAGGUUGGAUCCAAGAUAAAGAUAAAGCAGGGUGCAUCGCUCAUGGGAACUCGAUCAUCCAAAUGGUAGAUGACAUGAAAUGGGAGUCCUUGAAGAGCAGUGAACUGAGCAUCCUAUUUACGACAACCAAAGGAGAGGCACACUCAAUCACGCUACCUAAC